GCAAGAGAAGAGGGAGAGGGAGGCAAAAAAGAAGGCCGAUGAGGACCCGACUACGCUGGCGCUGCGAGCAAAGGCCAAGGUCCAGGCUGCGCAGGCGGCUGCCAAGAAGGCCGUGGAUCGUGGUUUGGCCUCGGACGUGGACAGCGCCAUUGCUCAAUUCCUCGAUGGCGCUGAGGACAAGGUGGAGGAGCUGAAAGGUGCUGCAGCAGAUGCACCGAGCGACACUGAAGAUGAGGAGGCCGAGGAUCGUCUGGAACAGCAGCUGAAGGAGCAGAUCGACAAGCGGCGGAAGGAAGAUCGCAAAGAUGCAAAAAAGAUGAUGGACCGACAGAGGAAGCAGGAGUGGCGGAAGAAGAUGAGCUUGGCCACUGGUCGCGGGACCGCCGAAGAUCAGUCGGAGCUCUUCCGCGUUACGGAUAAGUCCGUGCAGGCCCUGGAGGAUGACGGCGCCAUCCCCAAGGAGCUGGUCAGCGAGGAGGAACUCUCAGAUGCUCCCGAGGAAGCUGCCGAGAGCAGUGAGUCCGAGGAUGAAGAUCAGAUGGACCGGCUCGCCCGCAUGGAGGUGGAUCUAGCCUUGGAUCAUGAGCUCCGAAAGGCGGAACUCUUCCACAAGCAUCGAAACUCCACGCAACGGGUCGCCAAGAAGAAGAAGGAAGUGUCCCUGCUGACAACAAGCUUGGUUGUCAGAGUUGCCCUGCCGGGCAACUUGCGUUGGCAGGUGCGUUUCAUUGUCAAUUUUGCAGUCCAGGCAACGUCCCUACAGAAGAUCGAGGACACCUGCAUUUGGUGGCAUUUGCCCCUCAUUGCAGUCGGCGUGGCGAGCUUGAUGGUGGCCCUUGGCCUCUUCUGUUCACACUGCACAAUCGAGCUGUACACUGAGAGGUUGGGCAAGCUUGGUGUUAGCAAAGCCGCCGUGCAAGAACAGGUUGAUGAGAUGAGAGCGGCCCAAAGCAGACAGGCCGGCGUGAGCAUGCGGUACCUGCUAUCGGAUAGCUUUGCAGAGUUGGCCAGAGAGCGCACGGGCAAGUCAGGUCCAAGCUUCAUUGAAAUGAAAGAUAGCUUUUGGCUUUCCGACGAUCCCAUCGGGCAAAACUUGCGUUGUCCACGAGAUGGCAAGCCGGGCUGUGCCCUGGUUGACUGGCUUCCUCGCUCGGACCGCCAUCAGCAGACGCAUUUUCUUUCCUGGACCUGGCAGUACCGUCUCAGGCAAGUCACAAGCGCCCUGGAAAGCUACCAGCAGGUGGUUGCCGCGGAAGAGGUGUUCUUCUUUAUGUGCUUUUUCACCAACAAUCAAUUUAGAAUCAUCGUGGAAGAAAGCGCUGCCGGAAGUUCCGACCUCGAACAGGUCUUUGAGACCAAUCUCACCCGCAUAGGAAAGAUGGCUGCGCUGCUCGAUUCCUGGCAUGAACCUGUCUACCUGUCGAGGGUCUGGACCGUCUAUGAACAGUUUGUAGCAUCCAAGCUGCAAAUUCCUGUGACUUUCAUCAUGCCUGAAGACUCUGCGAUCUCAUUGCGAGAAACGGUGGAACAUGGGAAGGCCGGCAUUGAACAAAUCACUGGGUCCCUUAGCACUGUUGAUACAGAGCACGCCAAAGCGUGGAAGCAGGAAGAUGAGGAGAAAGUGAAGUCACUGAUUCAGCAGACGGUGGGUUUCGAGCAGGUGAACCAGCACGUGACCCAAACCAUGAUCCGCUGGGUCGGCGCGGUCAUAGAGAAACACAUCCAGACGCUUGUAGGCGGUCCCCGAUGA